UCUUGUUUCUACAGCGUUUCGCACCAAUAAUUUGUAUCCUGCCUAGAAUGUAUGUUUCAUAUGUGAGAUAUAUUUAUUAAGGUAAAUAAAUCGCUCCAGUCUCAUCCUGUAGCAAAAAAACACCCCUCCUCUCUCUCUCUCUUCCAGCGCCUUGUUACCUAGCAACCGUUACAAACGCCAGUGAAGUAGACAGUGAAGCUCCAGGUGUGUGUUAGAGGAGAAAAUGAGCAGCGGGAGGACUCUUGAAGGUGCCGGGUGCAUCACCUGGUGGGGUUUCGGACCAGCGAGAGAUCUUCUUGAGACCAGGAGAAGCCAAACGCCGAGGCCACAGGGUGAGCUGAACGUGUUGCUGGUGGGCAGCAGCGACCCGAGACACAUCCUAAAGACCAUCUCAGGCCUCAAGGACACCGAUACACUCCAUGUUUGGGUGAUGGAGAACAGUAUGGAAGUGGUUGCGAGACAACUGCUCCUCCUUUACGUAUCUCUGAGCAGUCCGGAGAGCAUGGGCAUGCAGGAGAAAACAGAUGUCUUCCUCGAGCUGUUCGGGAACAGCGAGAUCCGCUCUCAGACCGACGACAAGCUCAAGCACAUGGCAGCUCGACUGUUUCUCGCAGUCACCGACACAAUGGACGCAGACACAGACACAGACACACACAUACACCCCUGCCUGGACACAAGCUUUCUCAAGUUUAAAGAGCGAGACGAACUGGCUCGGAUCUUUAAGCAGUGGCAGCGCCCCCCCUCCCCACCGCUCGGUAUGUGUAAGGCGUGGGACGCUCGUGUCAGACAGCACCUGGGGACGCGCUACGAUGCCCGCAGGGGCUGCUUUGACUGGGAUCUCACCAUGAAACUACAUGACAAAGGGUGCGGCGUGAUACACAAACAGGAGUACAUCAGAUGGAGGGAAAGCGGUGUGGCCUUUGAGAUGAGAGAGGGACUUUACUGCAUUGCUAAUCAGAGCCUGCUAUCCACACGCGUGUUCAGUCGGAGAGGAGACAAGGUGGGAGUGCGAGGCUACUGGGGAGACAUCGUCUCAAGUCCGUAUCUGUCCUUCGGCAUUGAAACAGACUACAAAGAACUCCUGAAGACACAAAACAACCAGCAUGUAAAGACUGCUCAGGACAUCUCUGUAGCAAACGUGGAGACGCUUUUUAAGUCCCUGUCCACUAGAGGAGGACACACCCACGUCUCUGAGCUCACCAAGGACUCGUUCGAUCACACGGCAGAAACACAUCUGUCAUGUCAGUUAGAAGAGGAGCGGGUCUGUACCGUGGAUCAGGAGGAAACUGUUAAGCUUGACAACAAACAACACGCAGAAGAGAAGCAGAAGCAUCAAAUAGAGCUGAUGAAUCUACCCGGGGUAAGCGUGUCGUUCCUGUCUCUGGACUCUCUGCCCAAGCUGCCCAUGAAAAGCAGAUUCUGCCGCCUGUUCAACGCCAUCUACUGUUCAGCCAGCAUGGUGCACCACUUGGACUCCUCCCUGAAGCAGACAGCUGCACCUGGCGCCGUCCUGACUGUCGAGCUCGCCAGGUACCUGUUGGACUUGUCUAAGGAGCAGGAGGCCUCUUUUGCAACAAGAGUCAGCGAAAUCGCUAAAGAAGCAGGAUUUGUACCGGCUCGCACAGAGGACAAUGACGCGUAUGCUGUGUUCACACUGCAAAAAGACUAA